GAAUAGAAGAGGUAGGCAGAAAGCACACAAAACGUGUCAAAUUAAAACGAAGACUACCUUAAGUGAAAUAAAACUGCGGUGUACUAAGAUACUAAAAGAUAUGACAUGCUUUUUUGCGUCUCCUGGGAAUGUUAGGUAAAGAGUAAUAACUAGUUAACAUGAGAAAAGCAAUGACAACAGUUCACCCAGAGUACCAGGGCGAGACUCGGCGUCAGCGUCGUCCUUCGGAUUGGUGCGCCGAGGUGGGGGCGGGAAGAGAAAUGCGCCCAUAAGAGCGGCGCUCGGGCACAUCCAUAUUCACAGUCCUGCCAGGUCGGCUGGGAGGAGUAGGGUUGGAGUACAGUACGUAAGAAGGGCGCAGGACGAUGGGAUUCUCUCUGCUGUUCGGCGGACUGCUGUUCCUGUCCUUGAAGCUUACGGAAGCGUGCAGUUGUGCGCCCGCUCACCCACAGCAGGCUUUCUGCACAUCGGACAUAGUGAUUCGUGCCAAAGUCUCUGGUGAGAAGAUUGUGAAUCAUGGCAACACCUCUUCUCCACACUUUAAGUUUAUUCAGUAUGAAAUUAAACUAGUGAAGAUGUUUAAAGGCUUUGAAAAGCUCAAGGAUGUUCAGUAUGUGUACACACCUCUCUUCUCGUCAUUGUGUGGUGUGAAGCUUGAAGCUAAUAACAAGAUUCAGUACCUUCUAUCAGGGAGGAUAGGAGGUGAUGGAAAUCUUAUUAUUGGCCUGUGUGAUUUCAUUGAGCAAUGGGACAACCUUUCACUGUCACAGAAGAAGAGCCUUAAUCACCGAUAUCAUAUGGGCUGUGAGUGCAGAAUUUCCAGAUGCUACACUUUUCCCUGUUCUACUGUAUCUGAAAAUGAAUGCCUUUGGACAGACUGGCUUACAGAUAACAGCUUGAAUGGACAUCAGGCCAAGCAUUAUGCGUGCAUCAUGCGCAGUGAUGGGUCCUGUAGCUGGUACAGAGGAGGUCCACCCCCUGAAAAAGAAUUUCUGGACAUUUCAGACCCAUAAAAACACGUGGAGAAGAACUGGCCAAGAUAAAUUAUAGCUGGAUGUCGGUGAAGCUGCUAGAUCUUUUGUGGUUCAGCAGAUGAUUUUUGUUCUUAAUUCAUUCAAACAAAUAUCUGUAGACUGGUCACAGAGCUAUAGGUCUGUGUAGGGUGGCCUGAGAAGCAGCAAUGCCUUGUACGUGGACUGGAAGAACUGAUGAUAAAGAACUUGAGAACAGACAUGCACAGACUGUUCAGCUUGCAUUCCCCCCAGGAGGGAUGCCGCAGGUAUUAUGGGUGAAGAGUUGCUGAACUGUGAGCUGAUUCACAAUAAAAAUGCAUUGAUCUUGUCCAGCCUCCAGGACAGGAAUGGUUUAUACAGAUAAAAGGAAGAGUGUCCCCUGC